GUCCCCUUCUGGGGCGUCUCCUGAUUCCUGUCUCAGCUGCCAACUCCUCUCUCCCCCUGAGGGAUCUCUCACACCGCAUCUGGGGUGUGUCUGUCCUAGUCAGCGUUUCUAUCACUGAGAUGGGAUUCCACGGCCACAGCAACUUAGGGAGGAAAGGGCUUUCAUCAUCAUCAUUCACCAUUGAAGGGAGCGAGGACAGGAACUAAAGGGGGUGGGACCCUGGAGGCAGGAGCUGAUGAGAGGCCACGGAGGUGCUGCUCACUCUCCGUUCCCUGAGGCUCUCGCUCACCCUGCUUAUAGACCCCGGGACCACGAGCCCAGGGGUGGCACCACCCACCAUGGGCUGGGCCCUCCCCAUCCAUCACCAAUUAAGAAAGUGCCUGCAGGCUGGCCUGCGGCCGUGUUCUGCGGAGGUGUUUCUCAGUUGGGGCGUCCUUCUGGAUGACUCCAGCUUGUGUCAUGGUGACACAGAACCAGCCAGCACAGCGUCACUCUCCUUUGCCCUGGAGCUGUUUCCUGACACGCUGUCUCUCCCAGGGCAGCCCCCCCUCGGGCCCCCUCCUCGGCGCCUCUGCUCCAGGCUCCACCUCAGCCUGCUUGCCCUGGCCCUCAACGUCCUCCUGCUGGUGGCCGUCUGUGUGAUUUCAUCCCAAAGCUUGCAGCUGCAGCAGGAGUUCCGGACCCUGAGAGAGACUUUCAGCAACUUCUCCUCCAGCACGCUGAUGGAGUUCAGCGCUCUGGACUUCCACGCAGGCGGCAGAGACGACAAGCUGACCGCCUGGGCGGCCACCGUGGACAAGAAGCAGCAGGACCUGAAGGCAGAGCACUCCACGUUGCUCCUUCACCUGAAGCACUUCCCCCCGGACCUGCGGGUCCUGACCUGUCAGCUGGCCUUCCUGCAGAGCAACGGCACCGAGUGCUGCCCGGUCAACUGGGUGGAGCACGGGGGCAGCUGCUACUGGUUUUCCCGGGGCGGGCUCACCUGGGCCGAGGCUGAGGCCUACUGCCGCCUGGAGAAUGCGCACCUGCUGGUCAUCAACUCUUGGGAGGAGCAGAAAUUCGUCGCGAAGCGCACCGGCUCGUUCCACGUCUGGAUAGGCCUCACCGACCGCAACGGCUCCUGGAAAUGGGUGGACGGGACGGAAUACAGGAGCAGCUACAAGAACUGGGCCAUCACCCAGCCAGACAACUGGCAGGGGCAUGAAGAAGGUGGCAGUGAAGACUGUGCCGAAAUCUUGCCAAGUGGCUACUGGAAUGACAACUUCUGCCAGCAGGUGAACCGCUGGGCGUGUGAAAAGAGGCGCAAUGUCACACACUAGGCGCCUCCGCCCGGCUCCCCUGCCUCCCCCAUCCUUCCAUGUCACCCAGCCUCUUCACUGGGGGUUCUGAAGCAGGGAAGAGGGACAGAGCUCUGGGGAGUUUUGGAGAGACGGGGAUGGCUUUAUGUCCUCACACUUGGGGAAAGCCGGGAUUUCACACCUCUUCACAAUUCAUUGAGAUUGUUACCAGUUUCAACCUUCUGAAUGGAGUAGAAAAAAAAGAAACAAAUGCUUGAAA